AUGUUCCUGACCUGCGAAGGGACCUUCGGAAUUGUUCCAACCACCAUGGAUUACAAUGGGGAAGCCAGGCCGGGGGAAUUCCAUGCUGGCUAUCAAGAAAUCGAAGGGAUAAACUUGGGAUACUUACAAAUCAAUGGCACCCAGAUGUUUGCUCUGGCCCAGGUCCUCAGCGACCUGUUUAAGGAUAUCCCCAGGACCACCAUCAGCAAAAAAAUGGAAAUUUUAAAGAUCAAAAGCCGACGCUGCGAUCUCCAAGAGCUCCGGACCCUCAAAGCCAUCAACUCGGUGCCCACCCGGGCUGUGAAAUGUUCCCUCAUCUCCAAAGCGGACCUGGAGGCUCUUUGCACCUCCUGUAAGAGCCUCAGCCCCCGGAGGAGGAAAAGGAAAAGGAAGAGCAAGAGGAGGGAGCAGCUGCUGCUGCCGGACCCGGGGGAGCUCUUCCCCUGCCCCCGGCCCCCGCUCCUGCCGUCCUGCAGAGCCGGCGGCUGCUGCGCGGCCCCCGGCCCCCCAGAGCUGUCCCCUGCUUUCCCCAAGCCACGCUCGGAGCCGGCCCCACUGCUUCCGCAGCCUUUCCACAGGGCCUUCCCCGCUUUUGAGAAGCCUCCCCGGGGUCGGAAGGGCUGCGGGUUGGUGGCUCGGGGAGGGCUUUUCGCCGGCGUCCUGAGCGGGUACCCCCGAGACCUGGCGCUGCUGCAUCCCGCGGCCGCGCAUCCUGCGCAGGCGGCCGUGCUCGCCCCGCCAGGCCGGCGCAGGAGGGGUUCCUGCUGUGCCAAGGGUCUCUUCCCGGUGGAAAAAGGACCCGUGGUCCCCAGGAAAGGCCGCUCCUCCGUUUUUCCCGGUUCCAAGAGGCAGGGAACCUCCGCCGGCUACUCCAGCGACUCGGACUCCAGCCUGGACUUCGGUGGGUCCAGCCCCGCCACCUCCAGCGACUCGUCAGAGGAGGAGGAAGAGGAAGAGGAGGAGGAGAGGAGGAGAGGGGACACUUCAUGCAGCAGCGAGGAAGGCAGCUCCUCGGAGUCGGAGAGCAGCUCGCUGUGCAGCGGGGACUCGGUGCAGAGCACCCGGUACAGGCAGGCGGCUCUGCCCCGCUUCCAACCGCAGCCUCCCCGGGAACCCCUCAGUGAGGAGCGUCCUGCCGAACCCCCUCCGUGCGUAGGCAAAACCCUUCGUCCCGACCACAACCUCCUCUUCCUCUCACAGCAUCUCUGGGCCAGGACUUUGCGAGCAUCAACUUUGGAAACUUUGAGCCCGGCCGCGGCGCUGGGCUCGGGGGUUCAGCCGCUGCCGGAGCUCUACGCAAAGCAGGAGGCCUCCCCUUCCUCCUCCUCCUUCUCCUCCUCCUCCUCCCCCCCUCCCUCCCCAAGCAGCACCCCUGGGGGGGCUCAGCAACAAAAGGAGGGCGGCUUUGGGGACGCGGAGCCCUGCGCCAAAGGGAAGGAUUUGCACAAAGAUGCCUCGAACAAUAGAAGCUCCUCAGGCCCCAGUGACCAGGCUGAGAAGCAAAACGCAGCUUUAACCGGGGGAGAGCCUGCCCCGACCCCCCCAACUCCCGAACCUGGGGAGGAGAACUUGGGAUCGGUUCCCGACCCGGGGGAACCCCGUCGGGAUCACUUUGACCGGCUGAUCCGGCAAUCCAAGCUGUGGUGUUAUGCCAAAGGCUUCAACCUGGACGGGAAAAGUUUGCGGCACGGAGGGAGGACGGAGCCAGGGAAAGGUGCUGAGCUCAAACCCCCUCCCGGUCCCAAAAGAGCAGAGAGCCCCAGCACCUUGUCAAACAAAGCUUUGAGAGGCAGUGGCUCGGAAAGGAAUGCCAAGCGCAGACGCCUUGCCAGGGGCACUGAGGCAGAAAGGCAACAGAGCUCCUCGAAAGGGAGGCCACAAAAGACUCCGAGGAGGAAUUCCAGGAAGGGAAACACUCCCUGCAAACGCCUCGGCAGCGCCGGGCCGACCCCGCCUCGGAAUUCCUUCAGCCUCAUGGGCAACUUCCCAUGCAUUCCCUCCUUGGUCGUGGGGGAAGAUGGGGAUUUGUGCCCUGCCUCUUCCCUAGGGGUUAAAAACUCUUGGGUUCUCUCCAAAACUCACCCUUUGUGGAGCUGGCACCUGGGGGGCAACGCCAUCCCCGUGCCCCCCAGCCUCAAAUUCCGGGGCUAUAGCUUGGAGGAUCUCUAAGGACAGCGGACGGCCCGGAGGAAAGGUUUACAUGCAACAGAUGA